AAGUGAGUGGUUCAGUCCUGCGGAUCGUCCUCGGUUGUGUGGUUUGCUGUGUGGAUGGACUGCUGUAGUUCAAGCAGCUCGGAAGGAUCCGUUUUAGUGCGGUGUAAGGAAUAUCUUCGGUCACAAGGCCUAACAUUGCGAUUUCGCCUAUCAGCUAGCGCGAGAAGUGAUAAAAAGUGUACUGUAGAAAGAAGCUGAAAACAAUCGUUAUCAGUGACAGAGUGGUAACACCGCGAAUGAAUGGGACUGUUUGUUGGCGGGGGCAAAAGCAAGUGAUAAGAAAUUUCUGACCGGAGUGAACGCAUUAUUUCGAGUCAAAAGUUUAGCUUGAACGGUUUCAAACUGCGCGAGAAGAGUGAAAAAAAAAAUCGGAACCUAAGCCCCCUUCAGAAAAGAGUCAGAGUGUUGUAUUUCGCGGAGGCGACAUUUUUCAUUUGACGCGCGAUCAUUCGUCAUUUGCCAGUACCAGUACAUUACAUAGUCGUAUUUGCACUUGCGGAGGCCCAUUUGGUGGUUUAUUAUGGAAUGAAAUUAUUUUGAUUAUUUAUGUUUUUGUACGUUACGAAGUUAAGCUGCAGCGUAGGCGAAGUUGGGCGGAAAGAAGAAGCCGAAAUUUGAAGAAUACUGAUACCGCGAAAAACGCCCAGUGCAGUUGGAGGGUUGUCGGGUCUGAUCGAGCGAUCAUCAUUAAUGCAAACCGUAGAAGAAGCAGCCCCAGGGUGACGCUAGGUGACGGGGCAAGAGUGUGGUUGGUUGAUAGCAGAAAGGUGGCGACACGUCGCAAGAAGAGAAUACUAAGAAGCAGCGAUUUGAUUCAUUCAUAAAAUCUUACUCGCGCUUUUUUAUUUUAUUUUGCGCUGCUUAUGUGAGCGCACACGUCGAUCCGAUCCGAGAAGGCGGUGUGUGUUGUGUUGUGAGUGAGCUUGCCGCUUGCCGCAGCUCGAAGAAGCAGAAUCCCGACGACGCAAGUGUGGUUGUGCGCAGAGCAGCACGCGAUUAGACGUCGGUUGCGGUGAUCAGCAGAGUAGGCGAAAAGUGCGAAUAAAGCGAUAGACAGCGUUUUCUGUAAAUUUAGAAUAUUUACCAAAAUCAGUGAAACUGCAGUGAAUCAGUGAGGGUGCGAUUUCGCGGUUUCGCUGUGUUGUGACGCUCCUCCUUCCCCUUCGUCCAUUGAUUGAAACAAAGAGGGUGAAAUGCAAAUGCAAUUAUAAUUUGUUAACGCUAAAUGAAGUUUGUGGGCAAUACAACGUGACAGGUAAAUACUGUCGGUCGUUGGUUCUCGGUUUCGAGCAGCAAACAGCAAGCAGGAAGACGGUUUUUGCGCGUUUUGAUUGAAUUGCAAACGCGGAGUUGAAGAGUUGUUUGCAGCAGUCAGGAGCGGCCCAUCGGAGGGAGCUUCUACCAGCGUGCAGCCGAACUCUUCUUGGGGCGCACGUACAAGCAAUGGAUUUGGAGGCAGCGUACGAAGCACUAGCGGACUACUCGCUCCAGGAGGCACCCUUCUACGAAGCACCGCUUAAGGUGACGUCCCCACAGUCGCAAAAUCCGUACGCAUUGUUGCGAUCUGGUCAGAUGGCUGCGUCCUCGCUGAUGCUAACCGGUGGUACUACCGGCGGUGGCGGUGGGGGAACCGCCGGUGGCGGCAAACUGAUGCCAUUGAACUUUAGUACGAGCGGUGUCGGUACUGGCGGCGGCGGUGGUCAGUCUUCUUCCGGGGUACCGUCGCUGGUGCCGGCCCUUGUACCGUCGUCCGGUGCCGGUGGUCUCCAGAAAACGAAGAAAAAUUUCAAAAAAUCCGUCAGCUUUCUGCCGACGUUCGUACAGAGUUUCGACGGUGAAACCCAGAUUCAGCUUAAGCAGGAACCACUGGACGAUGGACCGCACAUACGAAACAUACAGAAGGUUCCGAGUCUGUCGGAUUUGAGCGAUCCGGAGGCAUCACUAGAUGUACCGACGCAGAUGCCACCGCUGACGCCCGGGACGAACAAGAAGCUGACCGAAGUCCUGUACGCUUCUUUCGCUUCCUGGGAGAAGGUGGUGCAGUCCUAUAAAAUCACCAAAGAUCCACGACAAUGGACCCCCGAACAUGUGAUCAUUUGGCUCAACUGGUCGAUCAAAGAGUUCUCGCUGGAAGGCGUCAACAAAGAGCCGUUCCUGAAGAUGAGCGGCCGCGACAUCGUCGGCCUAGGGAGGGAGGGUUUCCUAGCGAUCGCCCCACCCUUCACCGGUGACAUCCUCUGGGAACAUCUGGAAAUUCUGCAGAAAGAUUGCGAGAAAGCCCUACUGGACAACAGCAGCAGUAGCAGUUCGACCGGCGGUGCCUCCUCCGGGACACUGUACGACUGCGGAUCGACCGGGGCGGCCAGCAGCGGCGUUAGUGAGCUUAGCGAAUACAACAGUGCACUCCAGCGGUUGAGCAGCCAGCAGCAGCAGGAGCAGCAAUAUGGCGGCAGUGCAACCAGCAAUUCCAACAACAGUAGCGGUUAUACAUCUUUGCACGAUCGAAGCAACAGUUCACCACCGCCGCUGAUCCAGCAAUCGUCCAGUCAGCAACAGUCCGGCAGUGGUGGCGGUGGUGGCGGCGGCGGCGGAGGCGGAGGCAGCAACACUACCAGCAAUAGUAACAAUCCCACCAGCUCUGCCAACAGUUCGUCCUCGUCGUCCGGUAACAAUAAUAACAACAACAACAACACUAGCAGCAGCAACAACAAUAAUAAUAACAACAACAGCAGCAGCAUGUCAUCCUACUUGUCCUCGAUGGCAGCGGCCGUCCGGAAUGCCAGCAAUAGUGCGAACAGCACCAGCGCCAACUAUCCCAGUAGCAAUAGUGCGAACGCCGGUUCGGCGGCGACCGGCAGCGGGCAGCAUCCGCAGAUGAAGGAAGAACACGAACCGAACAGUUUUAUCAACAUCGACGAUCUGCCGAAUUUCGGCGUCGUUCCGGGGCCAUACGACGACCAGGACCAGUAUCAUUCGUUGCCACAGCCGGGAACGCAAACGCCGUCGCAUGCCUACCUGGAGAACAGCCCGGAAUUCUACUCUGCCAUCCAGAUGGAACAGAAGUAUAUGGCGCCGCACUACAAAACCGGACCGUACACGAGCCGGGGUGGCCGUUACCAUCAACCGCAUCAUCACGCAGGUGGAGGUGGUGGCACCGGCGGCGGCGGAGGAGGAGCUGGAACUGGCGCGGGCGCCGGUUCGCAAAGUGGCCAUCAUCAUCAUCACCAUCAGCACCAGCAUCCACAUCACGACGGUUACCAUGAGUACUCUUCCCCGUACGAUACGCCUCCGUUCCAAACUGUACCCAGCAAUACGACGUCGCCGCAGGGAUCGGCGAGCACCAAUGACGGAACAGGACUGGGGGGUCAUAUGGACCCGUGGAGUCAGUUGCACCAUCCUGGACAGCACCCUGGCCAUCCCGGUACGCAUCCGUCGCUAUUGGACUUCCAGCAUCCUGCUUACAUGGGAACCUCUCUUGGCUUUGACAAGACAAUGCUCGGCAGCUAUGGGACGCAGGGUGGAACACCCUGUUUCACCGGAUCUGGUCCGAUUCAGCUAUGGCAGUUCCUGCUAGAACUGCUAACCGAUAAAACCUGCCAGAAUUUCAUCUCCUGGACCGGAGACGAGUGGGAAUUUAAGUUAACCGAUCCGGAUGAGGUGGCACGAAGGUGGGGAGUCCGCAAAAAUAAACCAAAAAUGAACUACGAAAAGCUUAGUCGAGGCCUUCGGUACUAUUACGAUAAAAAUAUCAUCCACAAAACCGCGGGCAAACGCUAUGUGUAUCGUUUCGUUUGUGAUCUUCAGACUCUGCUCGGAUACUCUGCCAAGCAGGUGCACGAAAUGGUUGACCUCAAGCCGGACAAAAAGGAUGACGAGUAGGCGGACCCGCUUCUUAACAGUAUAGUAGGCCAAAGUGUGCUUCUUGCUCAAUCAAAACAACAGGAAAAAAUUACAACAACCGCAACAAAAAUUCUAAGGAGAGCAACACUUUCUUCUAGCUGCUUGACUAUUAUUUUCUCCGAUCGUGCUUCCAAUCGUACCGCAAACGAACGUUAUCGUUAUCCGUUAUCCGCCUUUCUUAAAUCCUUCUCCUUUCCACCCCGCUAGAAGAACAAACGAUCGCAUACUGCAGUGAACUUCCGGCUACCGGCUACCGGCAUCCGUCAUCUGGCUACAACCAGUUCAGGCUGUCAAUACGGCUGCAAGUCAGCCAGCAUCAUCAAAGCAGGCGUUGUAAAGCAAUCGAAGUAAAGCAAAACAACAGAUUUCCUCAUUUGUCAAAAAGAAAAACUGAACAAGGCCUGAAAAAGAGCCUGAAGCGUGCUCCCUUGUUGUAGUAGUCAAUACACGUGGUACAAGCGAUUAAGGAUCCGUUCCCACAACUUCUGGUCUGGUAAGCGUAUGGUACCGUUCAAUUUGAUCACUCAUCAAUUCGUUAUGACGACACAGAUCGGGGGGUCAGUCAAAACGCAAAUGAAACUUAAUUCUACUUAACAAAAUCUAAAUAAACGAACAGUGACGGCGAGAUUAGUGGCUGAGAUCCGCGUAAAUCAUAAACAAAUGACUUUCAAAAAAAAAACCGCCUAGGUACUGUGCAAAGGAGAAAGGCAAGAAACAAAAUUUUAUUCUAUUUUUUUUUCUUAGUAAAAAACAAAUACUUGUGAAGCUUUGUGAUAAGUUUUUCAUUUCAACGUUUAUUUUAAUUAGAAGAUAAUUUCACAUAAUGUAUGGAAAAUAUUAUUAUAAAUAGUAGAGUUGAGUGCGACAGCAACGUAAGGAGAGCUAGGUUUAGUGUCCCUCGAAAGCAAUCGAGAAAUUGAGCAGUAUCAGAAACAAAUUAACGUAAAUGUUUUUAUCGUUUUCGCAAACAAGAAGAAAAAAACAAUGGAACAAACACACAAAAAGAAGAUUAGUGAAUGCAUAAUCAUAAUAUUAAAUACUGAAAAACAAAAACUGAAAAAAAACAGUCGCAUUGAAAUUGGUGUCCUGUCGUGCGGCGGCGCGGGUGUGCCUUUGCACACUUCGCACUAACCGAAAAAAAAUCAGAGUACUAUUCUAGAGCUUAGUUUGCUGUUUGUGUGUUAAUUUCUGCCGAUGCGAAUGUUAACGAACGAGUGCUGCGAGUGUGUUUGUGGCAAACGAAUGUGUGGUUUACCUAAAAGUAUGAUGCGUCUGGUUUAUUAGCAUGUACGCGGAAAAGCGACCGAAUGGUUCUUCGGUUUAGAAGAGAAUUGCUGUGCAGUUAGAGUUUUAAGCCAAUUAAGUGAAAUAUAUGAUUGUAAAAAAAAGUAAUUGCAAAGAAAAGCAAAAGUCGAUCAAAAAUACAGCAAAAUAAAAGCGAAUCGUAACACUUGGAACGGGGCACCCCAUUCUUCCGUUCUCAGUCGGACCGGACGGGUGCGACGAGUAAGGAGAGUUAGAAACAGAUUUCAUCAACAUAUUUAUGUCAGUCGUGUAAAAAAAAAAAGUUAGUUCUCUGUGUGCCUAAUUGAAGUGCGUGCAUGUAUGAGCCCCGCGCCGGGACGACUGGCAGAGAAGGGCUCCGU